AUGGUAACCGUUCGAAAACUCAUCGUGGAGGUUGUGGGCGCUCAGAACCUUGUGCCCAAAGAUGGCCACGGAAGUUCUAGUCCCUACGUGGUGGUUGAUUUCUACGGCCAGCGGAAGAGAACUCGAACCGCGGUUCGUGACCUAAAUCCGGUCUGGAACGAAACGCUGUCGUUUAACGUGGGCGCGCACUCUGACAUUUUCGGCGACACGCUGGAGCUCAGCGUUAACCACGAGCGGAAUUUCGGGUCGACCCGGAGGAACAACUCACUGGGUCUGCUUCGACUCAGUUCGACGCAGUUCGUUCGAAAAGGUGAAGAGGCUUUGAUAUAUUACAAGUUGGGGAAGAAGAGCGUGUUCAGCAUGAUCCAAGGCGAUAUUGGCUUGAAAAUUUACUACGUAGACGAGGAGGUUCCACCGCCACCACCACCGGAACAACAAGCACCGCCGCCAACGCCGCCGCAGACGGAGGAGGAAGUGAAGCCAGAUGAUGCAGUUCCGAAGCAAGAAACAGAGACAAAGCCACCACCUGAAAAAGUAGAAGAACCACCGGCGCCACCAUCUGAACCACCACCGGAAGUUGAAAACACUGAACCUCCGGCACCACCUGAAUCAGAACCGGAACCGCCUCAACCGCCAAUUGAAGAAAAUGCAGAUCAGGUGGAGUCGUUACCACCUGAAGCACCGGUGCGACCUGAUGUGAACGUCGAAGCAAUGGCAGCAUCGGUGUCCAGGUCAAAUUCGGAAAUAAGAUUCAGCGGAAUCAACGGUCCACAGCCAAUCAGAAGGACUGCAUCAACGGCCAGUUUUUCAUCAGAAGUAUCGUUGGAUAGCAUGUUAAUUGAACGGUCGUCGUUUGAUCUCGUUGAGAAGAUGCAUUACCUCUUCGUCCACGUGGUCAAAGCGCGGUACCUACCCACUAACGGAAACCCGGUGGUUAAGAUUGCGGUUACUGGUCACCACGUCACGUCCAAGCCAGCGCGUAAGACCACGUUAUUCGAAUGGAACCAGACGUUUGCUUUCGGCCGCGACGCACCAGAUUCUUCCUCCAUUCUUGAGGUCUCAGUGUGGGACUUCAUGUCUGACGUGGACGGUGGUAACUUAUUCGGUGGAGUUUGUUUUGACGUGAAUGAGAUUCCUGUGAGGGACCCACCUGAUAGUCCCCUUGCCCCACAAUGGUACAGGCUGGAAGGUGGUGGAGCCCAGCACGGUGACCUCAUGAUUGCCACGUGGAUUGGAACACAAGCUGAUGAGUCAUUUUCAGAAGCAUGGAAAAGCGACACGUAUGCCCACGUCAACUCCAGAGCUAAGGUGUAUCAGUCACCGAAGCUGUGGUACCUCCGAGCCACUCUUCUCGAAGCUCAGGACAUUAUGCCGUUAACAUCGAUGACGGAAGCGUCGUUUCAACUCAGAGCCCAACUCGGAUUCCAGGUGCUGAAAUCAAAACCAAUCGCUACUAGAAACGGUAUCGUUUCUUGGAACGAAGAUUUUCUCUUUGUAACUGCAGAGCAUGUGAAUGACCACCUUGUGUUAACUUUGGAAAACAAACAACAAAAAGGACCAGUGACAAUGGGUGUACUCAGAAUACCUCUAACCGCAAUUGAAAGAAGGGUUGAUGAACGAAACGUUGCGUCGCGUUGGUUCACCUUCGAGGACCCUAAUAAUGAGAAGGGUAGCUAUAAGGGAAGGGUGCACCUUCGGUUAUGCUUUGACGGUGGGUAUCACGUGAUGGACGAGGCAGCUCACGUGUGCAGCGAUUACCGCCCCACGGCAAGACAACUUUGGAAGCCACCGGUUGGUACGGUCGAACUUGGCAUCAUUGGUUGCAAGAACUUAGUACCGAUGAAAACAUUAAACAACAAAAGCUCUACGGAUGCGUACUGUGUAGCCAAAUACGGUAAUAAAUGGGUACGUACACGAACCGUAUCAGAUAACUUGGAGCCCAAGUGGAAUGAGCAGUACACAUGGAAGGUGUUUGAUCCUUGCACUGUUUUAACAAUUGGAGUGUUUGACAGCUGGCAAGUCUUCGAAGUUGAAAGCCAAAAGGACAACGCAACCACAAGACCUGAUUUUCGUAUAGGAAAGGUACGUGUACGCAUAUCUACGCUACAAACAGGUCGGGUGUAUAGAAAUACGUACCCGCUGCUUGUCCUUACACGUGCUGGAUUAAAGAAAGUGGGUGAAAUUGAGAUGGCAAUAAGAUUUGUUCGCACAACUCAACGGUUGGACUUCCUCCACGUGUACUUUCAGCCAAUGUUGCCGUUCAUGCACCACACAAAGCCGUUGGGGGUGGUUCACCAGGAAGUGCUGCGGAACACGGCGGUGAGAAUGGUGGCGGGACAUCUUUCUCGAUCGGAACCGCCGCUGAGAAAAGAGGUUGUGUUUUACAUGCUGGACGCUGAUUCGAACAACUUCAGCAUGCGGAAGGUGCGUGCUAACUGGUACAGGAUAAUCAACGUGGUGUCUGGGGUGAUUGAUAUCCUACGGUGGAUAGAGGAUACACGUGGAUGGAAGAAUACAACGGCCACGAUUUUGGUCCACGCGUUGUUAGUUAUGCUGGUGUGGUUCCCUGAUUUGAUUAUUCCCACGUUGGCAUUUUACGUUUUCGUGAUUGGUGGGUUGAACUAUAGGCUUCGUUCGCGGGACCCACUUCCGCAUUUUGAUCCUAAGAUUUCGCUUGCUGACGUGGUUGAUGUGGAGGAGCUGGACGAGGAGUUUGAUGCAGUGCCAAGCACUAGAUCAAAUGAAGCAGUGCGUGCGAGGUAUGAUAGGUUGCGCGUGCUGGGGGCGCGUGUGCAAACGGUGUUGGGAGAUUUUGCGACGCAAGGAGAGCGCGUGCAGUCGCUGGUGACGUGGAGGGAUCCACAUGCGACGGGGAUGUUUGUUUUGAUGUGCUUGGUUGUGGCGAUGAUAUUGUAUUUGGUGCCUUCAAAGAUGGUGGCUAUGGCUUCUGGGUUUUACUAUUUCCGCCACCCUAUCUUCCGUGACCGGUUGCCGUCACCGGGGUUGAACUUCUUCAGAAGGCUUCCUUCUAUGUCAGAUCGAAUUAUGUAGAUUUUCGUUUUUUUUUUCUUUUUAAAAUGUUAUCAAAAUAAGAAAACGUAAUAUAAUGAGAGAGUAGUAGAAAGUGAUAUAUAGAUAUGAAAAAGUCAUAUAGAUACGGUAAUAU